AUACAAAUUAGGUGGUGAUUAAAAAUAUUUCUUAAAGUUAAUAUGGAUAUUAUUCAAAAUCGAAACUGAAGCACAAAUUGUAACCUUGCGACAAUUUACGUGGGGAUAGGUUGGUAUAAAAGCUUUCAUUUAAGGUGGGUGCGGCUGUUUACCUCUUUUCACAUCGAUAUACUAAGUGUUCGUUCCAGAUGAAAUUAUACAUUCUAGCAGCGGUCUUCUGCGCCGUAGCUUCUGCAGCCAAAAACAACCAACAAUACACUACCCCCGUACCGAUCCUUAAGCAGAUCGACAAGCAUAACGAAGAUGGCAGCUACAGCUACGGGUACGAAGCAGCUGAUGGAACAUUCAAAAUCGAAACGAAGUAUCCUAAUGGCGAAGUUUACGGCAAAUAUGGAUACAUCGACGAUACUGGAGCAUUACGUGAAGUCGAAUAUGGUGCCAGUAGAAGAGGUUUCGAACCCGCUGGAAAUGAAAUACAGGUCGCUCCACCUACUCUAAAUUCCAACUCGCCAAAUGCCCGACCUCUGGCUCCAAAUGAAGAAGAUGAUGGACAGUACAGGGAAGAUCCUGCGGCAUAUUACCAAGACGAUCCCUAUGUCCAACGACAGCAAUCUCAGCCUCAACAAAGGCCAGCUCCCAGGUAUAGACCCGAAUCAGCAUACAGACAAGAACCUGAACCUUUCGAACCAUUUGAGCCUGAAAUAGUAAGACCAAAUUACAGGCCACAAACUUCAUACAGACCACAACCAGCUUACAGACCACAACCAGCUUAUAGACCACAACCAGCUUACAGACCGCAACCAGCUUACAAACCUCAAAGCUAUUACAGAACCGAUCCAGAACCUGAACCUCUACCUGCUCCAAGGUAUCAGCCACAACCUGCUUAUAGACCGCAGUCAAACUUUGGAUUCCAAAACGAUAACAACAACUACAACCCUGCUCCAAGUUGGAACAGCAAUCCAAGUUGGAACAACAACCCUAGUUAUAACGCUCCCCAACCAAACGGUCCUGUCUGGACGGGCCACCCAGCGCAGAACGUGGAUAUUAACACUGGGUCUUACACAGUUCAGUAUAAAAGAUAAACAAUAGUUAGGUUAGGCUAAUAAACUUUAUUCAAAGUACCAGCACUCAUAAAGUUGUGGAUUCAUUUACUUGUAUUGAACGAUAUUAGUUAGUACAAGUAUUAAUUAUAUUAUAAUAUACCCAUAUUACCAAAUUUUUUACCACUAAUUAAAUAAUGCCAUAAGAGUAGGGAGGGUGGGUCAAGUCCCACAGCACAUAGGUCACAAGUGACCCAUUGUGCAUCCUCCCAGAGGGCUGUUAUUCUUAGCUCAUUGUCAAUCCUGCCAUUUACAGGAAGGUGACCAAUUCAGCCGGUGACAUCUCCCCAUAUAUGAGCAGGUGUAGGCCAGGGCUAGCCGAACGCGUACUCUCGUAUUGACGAUCACUGCAGACAUUCACAUAGGGCAUACUCGAAAGUUUCGUUGUCUCGUUCACAGUUCUUACAUACAGGUGUGUCUGCUAACCCCAGUGUGUGGAGGUGUUUGUUUAGUUGACAAUGGUUAGUUAAAAAAACUAACUGUUAAGAGUAGGUUUUUCAUGGUCAUUCCCCAGUACUUUUUUGGUGCUGACUUUACAAGGUUCCUUAGUGUUAGUUUUGCAGGGCUACAUCCUUGCCCUUCUUCCAAUCUUUUCACGGUUUACGUGUGGGAGUGAUAUUUGGCAAUUUCCACGAUUGUUGUAGUUGACCAACCAAAAAGAUCACUAGGUCCUAAGUGUGUUAGACCUGCCGCCUUCCUAGCUGGCUCGUCAGCAAUGCGCUCGCUUUUAUUUCCAUUUUGUCCUUUAACCCACCUCAGUAUGAUGUUCUUACCAUCCGACACUUAGCCUAGUGACUCGUGACACUCCAUUACUAACCCUGAGGUGACACGUGGUCUAUUCAGGGUUAGUAGCGCUUAGUUCCGUCUGAACUACGAUGGCAUUUUUGCCCAUAGCACACUCUAUACUUAGGUUCAGUAAUCUUUAGUAUAUCCCGCAUCCUGAGCCUUCUUACGUUUUAGAGCCAUCAAUGUGUAGGUAUGCAAUACGAAUUUGCCACAUUUGAGUCCCUACAUUGUCUUGUUAUUAUUUUGUAGGGUUUGUCGAAGACAAAUUUAGAUUUAGUUUAGUCGCAGCCUUGUCAUAGGUUAGCUACACACAGCCGUAGGCCUAUAAUGAGCACAAGAACAUAGAGACUGAUCUGCAGAGGCAAGAUUCACACUAGUCAGUUACAGUUGACAUUUCAGACUGUGGAAUAUUUUUAGUAAUUGUUAUGUUUUACAACCUUUCAAAUUUUUGACUUCAGAGUUGAUAUGAAAAUGAAAUUAAACAUGAUAAAGUGUUGCAAUAAAAACUUGUACUUUUUCUCCAUAUUAGCUAAUAUUUUUAAGGUGCCAUUUUUUAAGAUAGAGGGAGUUAUGGAAACAAUUAUCAACAUAUCUGUAUAAAGAUAAUUUAGCAUAGAGAAUAUUAUUGUAAUACGUUUAUUUUAAUUGAAAAAUAAUAAAAACAAAUGGUCAAAAUUUAUACAGACAUUGUCUUGGUAUCCAUAUCAUAUCUUCAUCUUUGUAUAUAUUAUUAUUCAAGCUUUGAAUAAAAGUAUUAGCAUAAAUAUAUACUUUGUUGCUAAUUGUUGCUUCAUUGCUAAUAUCAGUGAAAAAUCCUGGACAAAAUUGUGACAUGUCGUUAUUUCGUUUCCAUGUAUUUCCCUCUUCCCUUCGUCAAGCUGUAUCCAUCCACUUCUGAAUAUAAUAUGUCCCUUUCAAUUGUUUGCAUAUUUGUCUUACCUGCACCAACCUCAUUCAAUUCUUGCUUGUCAUUGCUCUUAUGUGGUCUACCAUUCCUUUUAACUUUACUCUGUCCUUCUUCUCGUCUCUCUUGGUCUCCAUCUCCACUCCGGAUUUCUUCGUGUCUACAUGUUACCAGACACAUCGAAUCAUUACAGAUGCAAAACAUAUUUAAGUUUAGUUAGUGGAACCGGAACCGCAUGUUAUCAGAUAUAGUAAUGAUAUUAGUUCGCCAGAAGGAUCAUGCUUUGUCUAGCGUUUUCCUUUGGAAUCGACUUCAUAAUUUGUUUUGCAGAGUUUUUGCUUAUAAGUCGUAGAAACUUCAAUCACCUUAACAAAUAUGUAUUUUCCGCAUGUUCUCAUCUGACAUUUUUACUCAAAUUUUAUAACUCUCAUUCUUUCAUCUAACUCAAAUUUUUAGGGAAUUAUAAAAUCAGCGACUACCUUUGUGAGAUGUUUUUUUAAUAUACAAAUCUACAUUUUAUAAAUCUAAAUCUAAAUUGAACAUGUUCUACACUUUAGCCUAUGCACUAGAUUAAAAUAAUAGUAGUAAUAAAUUAUCAUAGAUAAAUGUAAUUACCUUUAAAGUUCAUAAAAUCCAAGAAAUAUAAAGGCUAUUUGUUAUUUAGAACACAUAAAGCAUUAUUUGUGACUGUAAUAACUAUACAAUUUUAACAAUUACUCUUAAAUGUCAGACUUCUUUAUGAGUGUAACAAUUGAUUCAACAAGAACCAGACAUAUUUUUAAAUCUGUAAUUCAAUUUUUAGUUAGAUUAUAAUAUAAGCCAGUGUAGUUUUUGAAAAAAAGUAUAAGUUUAUAUUUAACCGUUAAUUUUGACAUAUUAUGUCGCUGGAAUGGGGAAAGAGUGAGAAAUUCUCAUAACCAUCAAAACAAAAAAAUUAAAUACCUAGGACAUAUAAUGAGUAAUCAAGAACGUUACGGCCUUCUCCAACUGCUUCUCCAAGGGAAGGUAAAUGGUAAAAGAAGACCGGGAAGAAGACACAUUUCCACUGAACUCUUCUUCGCUGCGGUAAACAAAGUCAAGAUAGCCAUGAUGAUCGCCAACAUCCGUAAUGAAUAGGCACUUUAAGAAGAAGAAGAUCUCGUUGGAGUAAACAAUAAACUGUUAAAUAAUAAUUUUUGUGUGGUAAUGUUUCUAAUUCCAGCCCAGUUUUCAUAACAUAAUUAAUUUAAAACUUUAUUUCAUUCAUAAGAGAUUCUGACUAAUAGAAAGCUACAGCAAUAAAAAUUACAGCGAUUAUUUUUUGAUGAUUUUAACUUCCAAUCCUAUAGUAAGAUAAUUGAUCACGUGUUUAAUUCUGUCCAAUCAGAUUAAAAUUAUACUGAGAAUUAUCUACUGUAGAAAAUUACCGAUAUAAUUUUUUUAAGUAGAUUGUUUCUGUUUAAUGGCAACCAGUUUCCUAGUUUGUCACAUUUAAUGAAAUAUCCAUAAUAUACGUAUUAAAAAAUAAUCUUACGAAUAUCACACGACAGUAAGAAUAAAUAAGAAAAUAAUGCUUCAUUUUUGUUACAUUAACAUUCAGUUACAUUAAUGAUAAUUAAUAUUUUACAACUUGUCACAGUGUACACCAAUAAACUGGUUUAGCAAAUAUUCAGGUGAAAAUAUCAAUAAAAUAUUAGUUAAAAUGAUUUAUAAAGACAGUUUUAUUCAUGUGGUGAAAUUAAAACUGUCAAAGUGUCACUCGAGAGACAAAUUGAUAAUUUUAGAGUUCUUGUGCAGUUACUACUGAAAACAUUGUCUUAAUUUGUUAUUUAUUAGACAAAAUACACUUCUUAUUUUUAGUAAUUACGUUGAUGCCUUUAUCCAAUAUAAUUACAUGAGUAGUUCCGAAGUUAAUAAUAAUUAUUGUCCAUUAUUUUGAAGGUUUUCCUUUGCAUAUCCUCUUCUUCAAAAUUAACUGGAUACAGGCUUCUUCCCAAAGCAUGUACAACAUAAUAUUAUAUUCAGUGUGCUAAUAAUUCUAACAGCUCUCUUUGUUUCAUUAACGAUUGAUUACAAUGUCUGAGAAAACCACUGCAUCAUGAACAUCUGUUAAUUUUCAACCAAAGCUGUAACAAAUCUUGAAGUCUAAGAAAACGAUCUUCAGCAAACUUAAGUACUUGAGCAUCGUUUGUGUUGUCCAGGUAAUCUUGUACUUUGAAACUUCGAGGAAUUGGACAUUGUACUAAUAGCUUGAGCUGCUUGCUUAAGUCUCAGCUCUCCAAUCAAGAGUUUAAAUCCAUUGUUACUUUGAAUAACGCUUCCCAUAUCAUGAAAUUCAACUCUUCUUUCAGUGUGAUACUUAAUUAAUAUUAUGUAAACUUCAAAAAAGGAAAGUCAGCUGGCAAGCAAAUAUCAACAGAAUAGAUCUAAAAGCAGUUGGUUCAAUCCAAAAAGUGAUAAACGUAGAAAUUAAACUCCGAUGAAAGGGUGAUAGUGAGGAUCACAGAUAUAAGAAGUGAAAAAAUAACAACAUAUUAACAGUUGGAUCGGUAGAAAUGAAUACAAACAGAAUCAAACAAAAACUUUGUCUCCGUUUCACUGUUUUCUGUAAAAAAUAGACAAUAGUUUUUAAUGUUCUUUUUUAAAACUCACUGUACUGUUUUAAAAAUAUCUUACAUUGCAUUUUGUGUAUGUAUUUGCAUUAAAAAUAAUACUUUAUUGUCGGUUUCUUGUUGAAGAGGUUAAAUAUUUUUGACUAGUCUAGUAAAAAUAAAAAAAAUGUAAAUGGUCGUACUAAUAAUUAAACAUUUGAUAUAUAUGUACCUAUAUAAUCGAAUGUCUUUCACUCUCUACUUUAUUUAAAGUAAAAGAAGUUAAAGAAAAGUGUUUAAUUUCUAGAAACGCCAUGGUUUUGUACAUAAUAUGUGGGAUGUUGAGGUUGUUUUAAUGUAGGUUUAAUGAUAUUUAUUAUUACAAGAUCUUAUUAUUAACUCUGUGUUGUUAAAAGUGCAAUAAAUUUGGUUUUACAUCAA